AUGAAGGCGUUCCUAUCCGUCGGGCUUCUAGUCCUUGCCGGCACCCACAGCGUCCUCGCCCAAACAGAGGCCUGUGAGGUUGAAGACGAUUUCCCGAUGCCCAGCGUCGUGACUACCUCGACGGAGCCGACCCGGGCCGUCGUUCCGGGUGGCAACGGAACCGUCCCAUCCUCGACGUUGCCGCCGACCAGCGCCGCCAACGGCCGGGCUGUUGCUGGCCUCGGAGGCAUCAUUGGCCUCUCGGUUGCGGCUGUCAUGUUGGCAUAA